CUGGUGAACCCUUCCAAAAUCACUUUGCCGACAAGGUCUACAAAGCCAUCAACAAGCGAUAGGUUCAUCGUAGCCGAGCCCGUUGGUAGAUUUUCAGGGUACCGAGAUGAAGACAGUUCGCCUUCGGGAGCUCUUGCUUCUGCUUCUGAGUGCAGCUCUGUUAGUCGUCGUGACGGAGUGUCUACCUCGACAGAGCGACCCAUACUACCCAGACGACAUCAACGACAUGGCACUUGAUGAACUGAGGGACCUGCUGGAAGAACGUGAACUUGAAAUGUUGAGGGCAGAGGCUGCUCUACCUGAACGUGCACGGCGUUACAAACAGACUAGAUCCAGACUCCCGUUGUGGGCCGUACAUAGGCGGGUAUGUGGGCGCCAGAGAUGCGGAACUUCCCAUCUGUAUGACUUCGUACUGUCAGCAAUCAACCAAGAGGCACUGCCCAGACACAGGCAAAUGUGUCCAACUGCUAAAACACCCUGCAAACAGAUGUUUGGGAACCGCCGCAUCAAGAAGUGCGACUGCCCGCCUGGCUUCUUCUGCGACAUGACAACAUAUGGAAACACACCGUGUCAGAAGCUGUGAAGCAGCUGCCAUAUCGCAGAGCGUCAUGACAAUGGAGUAUAUUAUUGCUGCGAUUGUCCAGCGGUGAUGCGAUGGAAGAUACUCUAGAUGAUAUAUAUGUGUAUUCCGCUAGAUGAUUGUAUCUCAGUUCUUUGCCUGAGUUCAUAUUCCGUCGCUCGCAUGUAAAAAUGUUGUGUUCAAAAAUUUGUUCCUGAUUUCUGCUUGCAAAAUUAAAGGUUUAAACUA